GUGGCGAUGAAGAGCAGAGAAGUUAAAGAGGAGGAGGAGGGAAACUCCCUCCUGCUUGUGAACAGCUGCUCAGGAUUCACUCCGCAGAGCGUCCACAGCGCGCAGAGUCGUCUCACCUCUGCUGGGAAAUGAGAAUCAAACCGGGAUCGGACCGUUCCUGAGCCGACCAGCGCAUCAUAAGUUCUCCUGGGGAAUCCCUGUCGGUUCCAACUCCUUCCUCUUAUCCUGGAUCCAGAGGAGAAUUACUCUAAACCUAAUGACAACGCUCCCAAAUUCCUCUCCAGCACCCACUCAUCACUGAAAUUGCUCCACAUCUUUCACGUUUACAGCUUCAAAGCUUCUCUUUUUUUGUCUAUAUUCAAUGCAGCUCAAAUAGCUUGUAAUUAUGCCGACUCUCAUCAUGCACGCCUCUGCUGCUGCUGCGUGACUGAGCGCUGAGGGGAGAGGUGGAUUUUCCUUCUGAUUUGAGAUUAGAGGUAAACAGAGCCGGCGCUCGUCUAAACACCUCAGGCAUAAAUCUCGGCUGUUUUUGUCUGUGGUGACUGAGCUGCAGCAGUUGGAGGAGAGCGGCGCUCCAGAAGGAUGAACCUGCACCAGAUCCUGCAGCUGCGGGGCAGACCUGGAACCAGACCCGGCCCUGGACCCAGCUCCACCCUGCUGUUGCCGCUCCUGCUGCUGUCCGUCCUGCUGUGGAGCCAGCAGGCCGAGGCCGUGGUCCACUCCAGCUUCCGCCGGCUCAGUGGCCGCGAGAAGAAGGAAAUGCAGAAGGAGAUCCUGAACAUCCUGGGCCUGCCGGGCCGACCCAGACCGCACCCGCCCCUCAGGCCGCCCUCGUCGGCGCCGCUCUUCAUGCUGGACCUGUACCACGCCAUGUCAGUCGACGACGAGGACGAGAUGGCGCUGAACGGGCCGGGCCUGGGGAGGUACGGGGCGGCCGUGCAGGUCAACUACGCCGCGCUGCCAACGCUCAGCACGCACACGCCGCCGCUGGGGAGCGUGGUGAGCGAGGCCGACACGGUGAUGAGCUUCGUCAACCUGGUGGAGCAGGAGCGCAACCUGCUGCAGACGCGUCCGUACUGGAAGGAGUUUCGCUUCGACCUGACGCCGCUGCCGCAGGGUGAGACGGUGACGGCGGCAGAGUUUCGGAUCUACAAGACGCUGACCGUCGGCCAGAGAGCGAACCGGACGCUGCACAUCUCUGUCUACGAGAUCAAACGAGAAAACAGGAACAGAGAGUCGGAGCUGGUUCUGCUGGACAUGCAGUCGGUUCCCGCUGGACAGGAGGGCUGGCUGGCCUUCGACGUCACCUCCGCCUCCAACCACUGGCUGCUCCACCCGCGCAGCAACCUGGGCAUCCGCCUCUACGUGGAAACGGAGGACGAUCGCACGCUGUCGGCCAGCUGGAUCGGUCUGGUGGGCCGCAGAGGCCCGCGCUCCAAGCAGCCCUUCAUGGUGACCUUCUUCAGGGAGAGCCAGAUCCCGUGUCGGCCGACCCGCGCCGUCCGGCCCAAUCCCAGGAGGAAGAAACCCAAAUACGACCUGCCCAUCCCCACCAUCCACGGUCGCGGUUCUGUGAGUAAAGGUCAACCCUGCAAAAAACACGAGCUGUACGUCAGCUUCAGUGACCUGGGCUGGAAGGACUGGGUUCUGGCUCCGGCCGGUUACUCCGCCUAUUACUGCGACGGUGAAUGCAUCCAUCCAAUGGGCGCCUGCAUGAACGCCACGAACCACGCCAUCAUCCAGCAAGUGGUCCACCUGAUGAAACCGGACGAGGUUCCGUCGGCCUGCUGCGCCCCCACCAAGCUCAGCUCCAUCUCGGUGCUUUUCUACGACGACAACAACAACGUGAUCCUGAAGAAGCAUCGCAACAUGGUGGUGAAAACCUGCGGCUGUCUAUGAGAGGAAGAGGAGGGCGCCCUUCCUCCCUCUGCCCCCACAUGAACUCUGUUACGGAGGGUCGGUUCGCGCUUUAACUGCUGCUUUAGGAUCCAGAGGCUUCAGCUUGUUGCUUUCACAUAGAUUUAUUGCAGGCAUUCAGACUUUUAUCUAUUUAAAAACAGAUUUAGUUUUCUACAGAAGACGUUAUUUUACUGUAAAAAGAAUAAAAACAUUAGAUUUGUGCCAGAUGAUGAUUACAGUACUGUUCCAGUUGCUGCUGAAGGUCAACAGGCAAAUGAUGCUUUCUACAGUUUGAUGCCUCGUUUCUUUUAAAAUGUUUUUGUAUGUGAAGAAUCUAUUAAACUGUAAUAGUAGUUAAUGGUGAUGCUUUAUGUAUAAAAAUCUUAAAAAGUUGAA